CUUCCCAGCAGGUGAUGACCACCACGGAUGAAUACGAGUCAGAAUCCAGUAACUUCUCUCAAACCAGUGGUCCUUUUUUAGGGGGCAGAACAAACCAAGGACAAAGACGCCUACCACCACGAGGCAAACAACAAAGAAACCGUGCAGACGGUCGCUAAAAAAGAAGAGACGCCAAGAGCCACAGUUUCAGUGCUACACCAACACCAACCGACCACAAUGCAGAGUUGGGAGCCGCCGCAGCAACCCCAGAGACCAGCGAAGAGCAGAAUGAUCACUCGACUACCACAUUCAGAGAUCUCAGGGACCAGCAUGGGAUCGAAGAUGGCCCCGAGCUUCGCCUCCUUGUACUGCGGCCUCUUUGAACAGCAACACAUCUGGGAUGAAUGCAACCCUCAUCUUCAACACAUCACUAACUGGAAACGCUACAUCGACGACGUGUUCUUUAUUUGGCAAGGUACAGAGAGUCAGCUCAAAACAUUCCACGAAUACAUAAAUUCACGUAACACACACUUAAGAUUCACCAUGGAAUACAGCAAACAUCAAAUGAGCUUUUUAGACAUACUGGUGUAUAGGCAUGGAGAACACUUAGGUACCACUCUUUACCGUAAGCCAACUGACAAAAACUCAAUCCUACACGGCCUUUCAUAUCAUCCAGUUCCACUGAAAAAAAGUUUACCCAUUUCACAGUUUAGCCGCAUCAGACGGCUCUGCAGCAAAGACGAGGACUUUCAGAAGGAAGCCCAGGACCUGGAGGCCCGGUUCGGAGACAGACAGUACAAGCCUGAGUGGAUCACAAGCGCUAGGAGGCGCUUCAACGGUGUCCCUGUGGGCUGGCCUACAUUGGAAAAACAACCAGGAGCUUGAAAACCAGGAUAGCUGAACAUCGGUCGAAUAUCCGCAACCACAACGAGAAGAGUCCAGUGGCGCUUCACUUCACAGCUGCCUCACACAACGUCUCAACUCUCAGGUACAUAGGCAUUGAACAUGUCAAGUGCCCAAGUCGUGGAGGG